AUGGCAAAUUCGAUCGACCAUAAUGAGGCGCAGGUUCAAGGAGAGGGGAGGGUGCUGCAGCCUAUUGCUAUCAUCGGUUAUGCCUGUCGACUAUCGGGUCAGGUUGCCUCCCCCGGCGACUUAUGGGAGCUCUGCACUCGAGGUCGGAGUGGCUGGUCACUCAUACCCAAAGAUCGAUUCUCUGCAGGCGCUUAUCACCAUCCGAAUUCAUCCAAGCCGGGUACAAUCAAUCCCGAGGGUGGUUACUUCCUAAACGAGGAGAAUCUUUCUCGAUUUGAUGCUCCAUUCUUCAAUGUGACAGUUCAAGAGGCCAUUUCCAUGGACCCACAGCAACGACUUCUGUUAGAGUGUUCCUAUGAGGCAUUGGAGAGUGCCGGUAUUCCUAAAGAGUCUCUUUCAGGACGUAAGGUUGGUGUGUUUGUUGGUGGAAAUUUUGCGGACUACGAGUUACGAAAUCUUCGGGAUAUCGAUACCUGUCCGAUGUACCAGGCCACCGGAAACGCCCCUUCUCUCCAGUCUAAUCGCAUAUCAUACUUCUUCAACUUACAAGGGCCCAGUAUCACCCUCGAUACUGCUUGCUCUUCGUCUCUUGUCGCUCUGCAUUAUGCAGUGCAGAGUUUGCGAACUGGUGAAUCGAGUGAAGCCCUUGUCGCUGGAUCUAAAUCCGGAUUUGCACGUGGAGAGGGCGCAGGGGUUGUGCUUCUCAAACCACUUGACGCUGCAAUUCGCGACCAAGAUCCCAUUCGGGCCAUUAUCGCUAAUACUGGAGUCAAUCAAGACGGCAGAACUAAGGGAAUUACGUUACCUAAUGGCGAAGCCCAGGAAGACCUGAUCCGGCAAGUAUAUAGCAAUGCACAGCUAAAUCCAGAUGAAUGCGGGUUUGCAGAAAUGCAUGGUACUGGCACCAAAGCUGGAGAUCCAAUUGAGGCUAAAGCAGUUCACGGAGCUUUGGGAAACAAUCGAACAGCGAGGAAUCCACUUUAUAUUGGGUCUGUGAAAUCGAAUGUGGGCCAUCUUGAAGGGGCAAGCGGAAUGGCCUCCCUCAUUAAGGCCGCUAUGAUGCUUGACAGGGGCCUUCUGCUACCAAACGCUGAUUUCAAAAAACCCAACCCCAAUAUUCCUUUGAAUGAAUGGCAUAUGAAAGUGAUCACAUCCACCCGCCCUUGGCCUAGAGGUAAGAAAUAUGUCAGCGUCUCAAACUAUGGGUUCGGAGGCACAAAUGCACAUGCUGUUCUUGAAAAGCCACCGCCACUGGCCGAAAAUCAGGACAAUCCUGAUGCAGAUAAUGAUCCCUUACGCAAACUCUUUUUGAUCUCGGCCAACGAUAAAGAUUCCUUGAAAAUCAGAAUCAACGAUUUUGGUGUAUAUUUUGAACAACGACCGGAAGUGUUUGAGAAGUCUUUGUUCGGUAACUUUGCCUACACUCUUGGGAGCAAAAUGUCAAACCUCUCAUAUCGGAUCGCUGUAUCCGCAACAUCACUGGAUGAGCUCAGUAUCCGCCUGGCGCAGUUGAAGUCUAAUCCAACUCGAGUGCUUGGAACUCCAAACAUUGCAUUUGUCUUUACGGGACAGGGAGCUCAAUGGGCACAAAUGGGAACUCAACUUAUGGAUGAAUACCCAGUGUUCUCCUCGGCCCUUGUAGAGGCGGAUCUGUGCCUCCGCAACCUCGGUGCCGAGUUUUCCCUUCUUGAAGUUCUCCAGAAGGAUAGUCAAUCGUCUGAAAUCAACUCGCCGCAUCUCAGUCAGCCUGCCUGCACUGCUCUUCAAAUCGCACUUACAGAUUUGCUUCAAUCAUGGGGUAUCAAACCUACCUCCGUCAUUGGACACAGCUCUGGCGAGAUCGGAGCAGCAUACGCAGCUGGCUUAUACGACCUGGAAGCCGCCAUGUCACUGGCUUACCGUCGUGGUCAAAUGACGCAACUACUCAAAAAAUCAUUCCCAUUCUUGCAAGGGGGUAUGAUUGCUGUUGGUUGUGGCCCUGAGACCAUCAGACCUAUACUCAAGACGCUCAAAGGAUACUUGACAAUCGCAUGUGUCAACAGUCCCUCCAGUGUCACCGUUUCGGGAGAUGUUCUAGCCAUCGAUGAGUUGGAGGCGAUCUUGCAAGAGAAACACUUCUUCAAUCGAAAGCUCAAGAUUGACGUUGCCUACCACUCCAAUCAUAUGAAAAAUGUGGCCGAGGCAUAUCUCGCCUCAAUCGAAGAUAUUCAGCCAUCCCCAGUGGCAAAGGCCAAGUUUUUUUCUUCUGUCACUGGUGAAUAUGCUCAGGCAUCUGAGCUGAACCCUUCAUACUGGGUGAAGAACCUCACAUCCUCAGUGCUUUUCUCCGACGCUCUGAGUAAAAUAUGUGCAGAUGAAGACACUCGACCUAGCUUGCUUAUCGAGAUUGGCCCACACUCUGCGCUGAAGGGCCCAAUUCUGGAUAUACUGAAAAGUCUGGGUUCAGCAAGCUCGAAAAUUGCCUAUUUUCCCACUAUCGUGCGGAAUAUUGAGCCCUCCCAGUCUGUUCUUGAUGCAGCCGGUGCCGCAUUCGUACGAGGAGUCGCCCUGAAGAUGAAUGAGGUGAACUUUUCUCGAAGUGGCGGGCGCACUCGGUCUUUUUUGACAGACUUGCCUCGAUACCCCUGGCAACAUAAUACUCGCUAUUGGCAUGAGUCUCGCAUUGUACAAAAGCAUAGUUCCAGAGAUGGUAUUCGAAAUGAUAUGUUAGGCGCACUGGCCAUAUACUCAAACGAUCUUGAGCCAACAUGGCGCAACAUUGUUCGGCUUGAUGACAUACCAUGGCUUCGAGAGCACAAAAUGCAGGGAAUGAACGUAUAUCCUAUGGCCGGCUAUCUCUCUAUGGCUGUUGAGGCAGCUCGCCGUCGAGCAAAGCAAAAUGAUGCCUCAUUCACUCAAUUUGAGCUUCGCGAGGUGAAGGUGGGCUCAGCACUUGUAUUAAUCGACGAUUUCGAUGCAGAGACAACUAUCUCUCUCCGCCCAUAUGCUGAAGGAACUCGCGGUAACUCGGAUGUUUGGGAUGAGUUCCACAUCUCUUCAUGGUCGUUUAAGAGAGGCUGGACGCAGCAUUGUUCCGGUCUUAUCGGGACUAGGGCCAACAAAAUGCAGCAGUCAUCGGUCUCCAAUAUCGCUGAGACUGACGUGGAGCAUUUCCAGGCUCAAAUCGCUAAUGUAAAGGCAAAAGCCACGUAUAAGAUCGACACCAAGGAGAUGUAUCAAGUUCUUUCUGAUAUUGGUGCUUCUUAUGGCCAAACUUUUCAGGGCCUGGAAAAUUGCUUUUCAGACGCUCGCCAUAGUCGCGCCGAUCUUGUGGUUAAGGAUACAAAGAGUAUGAUGCCAAAGAAAUUUGAAGCCCCCUUAACUAUCCAUCCAUCCUUCCUCGACGGUCUUCUGCAUCUUGUCUGGCCGAUUCUUGGACGGGGUCGAAUGGAAUUGGAGACUCUUUAUAUGCCCACAAUGAUCAAAAAUUUGAUAAUCACCGAUCAUAUCCCAUCAAUUCCCGGUCAAUUUGUGAAGGCCUGGUGUAAUGGAGGUCCCAGCAAAGCGAUCCCAGAGCCAACCAGUUUUGAUAUGUGGAUGACGCCGGAAAAUUCUGCCGAUGUUUUGAUCGCUAUGGAGGGUCUCAUCAUGACUCCACUCAAAGACCCAGGCCUGCUUCGUGGUAAUAAUAUUCGCGACUUAUGCUACAAGUUCCAGUGGCUACCCUUGUCUGAUGCUGAAAGCCAAGUCGAUAGUGAGAUUGAUGAGUCCAAAAAGACGGCCACAAAUGGAGUACCCAUUACCAAUGGCCAUCUCAUCCCCAAGAACAAGCCUAGUAUAAAUGAAAACGGUAUAUAUGAUCGUAGUGAUGUUAUCAUCACAUCUUGGGGCGCCGUUGGGGAAGUUGCCGAAAACCUGAGCAGCGCCAUCUCGAACAAAACCAAUAGAUGGCAACCGUCAAUUUCAGAGUUUGAAGCAGUCGAAGCCUCAAUGAAGCACGUCAUUGUUCUACAAACCGGCGCAUAUUCACUUCGUGACCUCACUACCGAUUCUUUCAACAAUCUCAAAGCUACUCUCCUCAAUGCUUCCCACGUAAUUUGGGUCUUCGGGGCAGGUAAUCCAGACGCCCAUAUGAUUGUCGGCCUGACGCGCAGUCUGCGGUCCGAGACUUUGGCAAAGGUUGCCACGCUUGGACUAGACGCUGACGAUCUAGCAAAUCCAGCAAGUUCAGUCCUUGCAGCGAUGGAGAUACUAUGGCCAGCACAAAACGAGAAGCCCUGCAAGGAUCUUGAACUCAAGGCGAAGGGAACCGAAAUUCUUGUUCCGCGCAUUCUUGACGAUGAUGCAGCGAAUUCAUUCGUGCACAAUGAGACUCAUGACAUGACAGUCUCAUCUCAGCCAUUUUUCCAGCCUGACCGGCGCUUCAAGUUACAGAUUGCCAGCCCUGGUGCUCUGGAUACUAUGUACUUUGUGGAUGAUGCUCUUGAUUCGCUGAGUGACAGCGAUAUUGAGAUCGCAGUCAAGGCGACUGGUCUUAACUUUAAAGAUAUUGUUGUGACAAUGGGUCAGCUUGCGCAACCAUACAUUGGAAUUGAAUGCAGCGGUGUGGUUUCUGCGGUCGGCAAAGAUGUUCACGACAUCCAAAUUGGCCAGCGAGUCAUGGCCUUGCCAGAGGGUGCCUAUUCGACAUUUGCCCGAUGCAAAGCGACCAGUGCGACGACAAUACCCGAGAAUAUUUCGUUCGAGGUGGCAGCUACCGUACCAGUUGUGUUCUGCACCUCAUAUUAUGCACUCUUCGAUCUUGGUCAGCUUCAAGCUGGGGAAAGUGUUCUCAUUCAUGCCGGCGCUGGCGGUGUCGGACAAUCUGCCAUCAUGCUGGCUCAGAUGAUCGGCACCGAUAUAUUUGUCACGGUCGGCAGUUUAGAGAAAAAGAUGUUCCUAAUGGGUCACUACAAUAUCCCCGAGGAUCGCAUCUUCUACAGUCGUGAUACAUCCUUUGGCCGUGGAAUUCGCAGACUAACCGGUGGUAAAGGAGUCGAUGUGGUGCUCAACUCGCUGGCAGGGGAUCUCCUGCGAGAGACAUGGGAGUGUCUUGCUCCAUUUGGUCGAUUUAUCGAAAUUGGCAAGGCUGAUAUCACCAAGAAUACACGCUUGGACAUGCUACCAUUUGAAAAUAAUGUCACAUUCGCAUCCGUUGACCUUAGCAAAGUCGCGCUAUACCGGCCACAAUUGAUGAAGCGACUCUUGAGUGAUGUCAGCAAGCUUCUGAACCAGGGGACCAGCUCCUCUCUUUUGAGAGCUGAUGCCUCGUAUAUACUCAUCGGUGGUACAGGUGGUCUGGGAAGAAGUAUGGCGAAGUGGAUGUCUGCGAAGGGUGCGAGAAACAUCGUGCUUGUUUCCCGUCGGGCCUCACCAGUUAAUGACAAGGUGCAACUCCUCAUCGAUGAGAUGGCCCUGGAUGGAACAAUUAUCACUGUCAAGGCCUGUGACGUGAGCAGCAAAUAUUCGGUUGAAACACUCAUCAAGGAGGACAUGAAAGAUCUGCCCCCAGUUCGAGGUGUCGUUCAUGGCGCUAUGGUUCUUCGGGUAAUGAGACACCCUGCAUCACAUUUCUCUACCAACUAA